AUGGCUAUGGUGUGUCUUUCAGAUUUUGAAGAUUAUGCUAAAAAGUAUUUACCCAAAAUUGCUUGGGAUUUUUUUGCAGCUGGAGCAGAUGACUGUAGCACUCGAGAUGAAAACAUCCAGGCAUAUAAAAGAAUUCGUUUCCGGCCACGUAUGCUGCGGGAUGUAUCCAUGAUGGACAUUAGGACUAAGCUGCUGGGGACUGAAAUCAGCUUUCCUGUAGGAAUCGCCCCCACUGGCUUCCACCAGCUAGCAUGGCCUGACGGAGAGAAAAGCACAGCCAGAGCGGCCAAAGCGAUGAACACCUGUUACAUCGCCAGCACAUACUCCACCUGCACGCUGGAGGAGAUCACUGCGGCCGCCCCCGGAGGGCUCCGGUGGUUCCAGCUCUACAUCCACCGCAACAGGGCGGUUUCCCAGCAGCUGGUCCAACGGGCGGAGGCCUUGGGUUUCCAGGGCCUCGUCCUCACCGCGGAUCUGCCCUACACGGGCAAAAGACGCGAUGAUGUCCGCAACGGUUUCCGCCUUCCUCCCCACAUGAAACUGAAGAACUUGGAAGGAGCCUUUGAGGUUUGUAAAAUGAGCCCCUUGGAUCCGUCGGUCACCUGGAACGAUAUCUACUGGCUGCGGAGCCUGACCCACUUGCCCAUCAUCAUCAAAGGCAUCUUGACGAAAGAAGAUGCAGAGCUGGCAGUGAGACAUGGAGUUCAGGGAAUUAUUGUGUCCAAUCAUGGUGGAAGGCAACUGGAUGGAGGACCUGCCACUAUUGAUGCUCUGGUUGAGGUGGUGGAGGCAGUACAAGGCAGAGUCGAAGUUUAUUUAGAUGGUGGAAUACGAAAAGGAAGUGACGUGUUAAAAGCACUGGCACUGGGAGCGAAAUGCGUCUUUAUUGGAAGACCAGCUUUAUGGGGUCUGGCUUACAAGGGUGAAGAGGGUCUUCAAGACGUUUUGAGAAUUUUGCAGGAUGAGUUUCGUUUGUCGAUGGCCUUAGCUGGCUGUGCCAGCGUCUCAGAGAUUGGCCGACACCUAGUUCAGUUCUCAAAGCUGUGA